AUGGAGACGAUUUCUCUGGAUGCGCGUCUGGAGAAGAUUCUGGAGACGAUUUCUCUACCGCCUGGCAUAUCGAGCGAGGCAGACUGCGAAGUUCUGGAAUAUUGGGACUGGGACUACAGCGCUAUAGUCCCAUCUCCCAAGGAUACUACGGUUGGUACAGAGCCUGUGACGUUUGACAGCAAUGAAGGCACACCGAUAGGGGGUUUUAUCUUCGUCAACGCACUGGCCGACUUCCAUCCGGAAGAUGAACUCCCCGUAAGAAUACGGCAAGUUGAGGUGAAGAAGGGAAAGACAAAGGGUAUCCCAGUCCGUGCCAGAAACGCAAACUUCGAGAAACGAGAAAUGAAGUUUUUCAUCGCCUUUUGGAGAAACGACUACCACCAAAAUCUCUUUCCCAUUCUUCGAACGGCUCACGACAAGGUAAAAGAAAAGUCCAAGAAGUACAAAAUAAAACAAAUGUAUUGCAAGGUGUUUGAGCUCUACCGGCCUGACCAGCAGGCUCAACCAGAAUAUGUACAGCGCGGCCUUGCGCCGAAUGCCAGCUGUGACGAAAUAAAGUUCCGCGACACUCCUGGCGCAAACUCCGAACAAGAAUUAACACCAGAUAUCAUUCGUGCUAGGCUGGAGCGUCAGGAGACGCCUUCCACACGAAAAAUCGUCAUGCCAAGUCAGGAGAAAAUCCCUCGUAUCUCUACUAUGCCGAUUAAUGAACUCUUCUUGGACGAAGUUGAGCGCUAUCAGCGUGGACAGAGGGUCAGACACGACCUCAACGACGAUAUCGACCCAAGAGGAUCCACGUUUCCCCUCUGUCGUAUCCAGGCAUACGACGUCCUCCUGAACAUGGCAAGGAAACAUAUGAAGCUCCAGACGGAUGCCACGAGGAGAGAUUACGACAACGCCAUCAGGGAGGCAAACAGGCUUAGAGAGAGUCCGGAUGACAGUGCAAUCUCAGAUGAGGAGAAGACGAUUCUCGAAGACAAACUGACCAAGUGGAGAGUCGAACGGUUUUGUUGUAAGACCAUGCCAAAGCUCUUGAGAAAAAUUGACCGCCUCGAUGACUGGUUCCACUUUCAGAGGCUCGAUAGACGCGAUUUAUGCCCCCGUCUUAUGCAAUUGGACGACGACAAACAGCUCCAAUUCGCCGUCGCAUGGUGUGAUAUCUGGCACGCGCAUCUGGAACUCUCCGCCGAAUUGAACAAGAGAAUUCCCACGGAAGUCUCCACCGAACCGGACAAAGAAUCACUUAUGGACAAAGAGAUAGGGUGGCACGCGAGCAGCUCUCCCAAUCCGCCACAAACCACACCAGAUCUGGUAUCAGACGGAAAGUCAGACAUCGUUCGGAAUGGCUUCUUGCUCAGCAGCGAAGGCCGUCAAAUAUGCAAGGAGAUCGUCAAAAUUCUAAGGAAAGAUUGUCACCAACUUCUUGAGAAAUGGAUGGCCGACGUCCGACAGUGUGAGACCAUUUUAGGGGAGGGCUGUAUACUCAGCGAGGAGAUCCGGCCAGAUCCGGAUGGUCGUGGGAUGACCGACUUUCUAGUGAAAUUCGUAACGACCGCGAUGUUUAACAGUAUCAAUUAUGUAGGCCAUCGCGGCACCACAUGA